GACCGCGAGGUCGCGGCUCUGGCCAACCGCUGGGGCUGCCCCGUGCUGUCCCUCGACAGCGACUUCUUCAUCUUCCAGCUGGCGGGCGGGGACUGCCCGCUGAGUGCCUUCCGCUGGCGGGACGUCCGCGCCGAGCGUUCGGGCCGCUACAUCCCCGCGCGGCGCUUCGAGGCGGAGAGCUUCUGCCGGCACUUCGGGCGGCUGAGGAGCAGCGCGCUGCCGCUGUUCGCCGUCGUGAGCGGCAACGACUACGUGGACGCGGCGGCGUUCGAGGGGUUCUUCGGCAAGGUGCGGCUGCCCGGGAA